UUUGCAAUGGAAGCAAAGUGCGAUUUUGCUGAAGCGAUGAUUUAUUCCAAAGAAUUCAAAGUAUCUUCAAUUAUUCGAUUAGUGCUAGCAGUUAUUGGAGUCUUCUUAGCAAUCAUCCUAAUCCGUAACAGAAAUAAUUUUGUCCGUCUUCAUGCAAAUGCUAAACUUAUCAUGCUUAGUUAUUUGGUUUGGACUUUGCUAAUGGCAGUUUCUGCUGGCAUUGUAAAUGCCACAAAUGUUUUACGAUUCAUGAACGUAACAUUUGCGACUGGUUCAGCUGAAUGUGUUUACUUAAUUAGUGCUAAAAUUGCAUAUCCGAUCCGAACAUUUGCUGUUUUUUGUGGAUUUGGAGAUGCUUUAACAAUGAUUUCUUUUAUGAUCGAACGUUCCAUCGCAUUUUUUGCAUGUGGGACUUAUGAGAAAAAAUCAUCGAGGAAGCUCGCUUUCUGUCUUAUAAUAUUUGAGAUAAUCGGGUCAGUAGUUUCGGCCUGUGGCCCAAAUAUUUGGCAAACUAAUUGGGAAGAUAUGAGAAUUUUCAUACAGUCAAGAACAUCGACAAGCGAGCGAUCCAGCGAUUUCAGUAAAAUUCUUAAAUUUACGACUGCCACAGCAUGUAAUUCAGAAUGUCGUUAUAAAAUUCUGUUUCAGUUUAUACCAGUUCUCCAUAUAAUUUACAUACUUGUUGCAUUAAUUGGGUUGCAUGCCUUGUUGGUCAUGAAUAAUAUUUGCAUACAACAAUCAAAAAAAAUAUUUAAUUUCGGUUCAUCUGCAACUGCUGCACUCAAACUUGGAGAAAAGUAUCAAUUAAUUGUUGGUAAAAAUGGUUGA